GGUACAUUAAAAGGGCAUUUUAACGAUCAUUUUCUCCAUAGUAGAGACAGCCAAUAGAAAACUUUUUGUUUAUGGUUUUCUGCUUUUUUGGAUUGAAUGGCUCAGAUUCCAAAUUUGGACAAUUCUCCUCUCAAUCUCAAGUCUCUCAGGGAACAGUCUCAGAGAGAUCUUGUUAAGAUUCUCAAAGAUAUUCGAGGAAAGAAAUGUUUGGUUAUUGAACCGAAACUUGGUGGCUCGCUCUCUUUGAUCAUUCAAACAUCUCUUCUUAAGGAAUAUGGGAUUGAAUUGCGGCAUCUUUCAGCUGAGCCAGUUCAGACUGAUUGCACCAAAGUGGUUUAUCUUGUUCCUUCUCAGCGUGACUUGAUGAAGUUCAUAUCUUCUCAUGUACAUAAUGAUAUCUCAAAAGGACUUCAAAGAGAGUACUAUAUCUAUUUUGUUCCUCGCCGUGAAAUUCAAUGCGAGAAGAUCCUUGAGGAGGAAAAUGUGCAUCACCUAAUGACCAUAGGGGAGUACCCAUUGUAUGUAGUUCCACUGGAUGAAGAUGUUUUGUCGUUUGAACUGGAUCUUGCUUACAAAGAAUGUCAGGUUGAUGGCGACACAGGCUCUCUUUGGCAAAUUGCAAAGGCCAUUCACAAGCUUGAGUCUUCUUUUGGAGUUAUACCAAAUUUGCGGGCAAAAGGCAAAGCAUCUGUUCUUGUUGCAGACAUUCUUAAUCGCAUGCAAACUGAAGAACCUGUUAGCUCAUCUGAUAUGGCUGUACCAGAGAUUAACACUCUCAUCCUCAUAGAUAGGGAGGUGGAUAUGGUUACUCCUAUGUGUUCUCAGUUAACAUAUGAAGGGCUAGUGGAUGAGUUUUUGCGCAUCAAUAAUGGUUCUGUGGAGCUGGAUUCUUCUGUCAUGGGUGUUCAGCAAGAGGGAAAAAAGAUGAAGGUCCCACUUAAUUCAAGCGACAAGCUGUUCAAGGAGAUACGAGAUCUCAACUUUGAAGUUGUUGUCCAGGUUUUAAGGCAGAAAGCAACAUCCAUGAAGCAGGACUACACUGAGAUGACUACUACUAACCAAACAGUUUCUGAACUAAAGGACUUUGUCAAGAAGCUCAACUCGUUACCUGAAAUGACUAGGCACAUAAAUCUUGCUCAACAUCUGUCAAAAUUCACAUCAAAGCCAUCUUUUCUAGCGAAACUUGACAUGGAACACACAAUUGUUGAGGCCUCAAGUUAUGACAUUUGCUUUGAAUACAUUGAAGAAAUGAUCCAAAAGCAGGAGCCUCUUAUCAAUGUCUUGCGUAUUCUCAUCCUUUUUUCCGUAACAAAUUCAGGGUUGCCCAAAAAGCAUUUUGACUAUUUGAGGAGGGAACUACUCCACAGUUAUGGGUUUGAGCACAUGGCUACUCUAAAUAAUUUAGAAAAGGCUGGAUUGUUCAAGAAACAGGAGUCAAAAAGCAAUUGGCUGACUGUCAAACGUGCUUUGCAACUUGUAGUUGAGGAUACUGACACAGCAAAUCCUAAUGACAUAGCCUAUGUCUUUUCUGGAUAUGCACCUCUUAGUAUUCGUCUUGUCCAGCAUGCUGUUCGAUCUGGGUGGCGUCCUAUGGAAGAAAUUUUGAAGCUGUUGCCUGGGCCACAUACAGAAACAAAAAGGGGUCGCUUUGCGAGCAAUCCAUCAUUUGACACAUUGCAGAGUGCUUCAAAUGGCAUAGAUAAAAUAGCUGAUGGGAGGCGCUCCCUAGUACUUGUUGUCUUUGUUGGAGGGGUAACAUUUGCAGAAAUUUCUGCUCUCAGAUUUCUCAGUGCUCAGGAAGGAAUGGCAUACGAUCUGAUUAUUGGGACAACGAAAAUUGUCAAUGGUCAUACAUUGGCUGAAACAUUCCUUGGGACUUCUGGUUGACUUGUCCAUUGUGUGUUUGCUACUGAUCCUUUUAUGGGGCUUAGGUUUCCUAUCUUCCCUUGAACAACCACUGCGAUCAUAAUCAUGGCUUUCCGCUCUACCAAGUCAAGCUGUCAAUGUGAAGCCCUUGGCAGGAUAUGAAUGUUGGCCACGUUUCUGUACUUCACCAGAUUUUCUAUUCUAUUUAUUUGAUUUUGCAGCAUAAUCUAUUGAGGCCAGUCAUUUUUUUUAUGGCAUGAGAAUGACUUGGGGAUGUUCCGAUUGUCAUGUGAAGAAGAUGAGCAUACAUUACGAUUGCUGGGAUCUCUCUGCGAUGGAAUUGUGUGUACGGAAAAGCUUUAUCUGUCAGUGGUGAUUUACUGAAGUGUAUUUGUGGUAGAUGCAUAUUUGAGGGAUUCUUUUCCCUUUUCUCCUUUAGUAUAUUUGAGUGAAAUCCCUAGGACUGGUUUGGCUUCUGUGUUUGAUUCAUCAAACAAUGCAUUUCACCAUGGCCUAUUAUAAUUGACAAAUCUGACUCAUGGAUUCUGGCAUUAAACUGAAUGUCAGCUGUUGGUUUUUCUAUGUUUAUGUAAGUGUGGUGGUUGGUGGAUUGUGGAAAAACUCUUCAAAUUUGUUGAACAAUUUGGGGUUGGUUGACCCAAAGAUCAAUUGAAAUUGUGAGAUCAAAGUCA